CCUUACUUACAAGCCGUGAUGAAGGAAACUCUGAGGCUGCACCCAGUCCUGCCCAUGUUAGUCCCUCACUGCCCUAGUGAAACUUGCACCGUUGGGGGCUACACCGUCCCGAAGGGCUCUCGGGUUUUCAUCAACGUUUGGGCUACACAAAGAGACCCUUCCAUUUGGGAAAACCCUUUGAAGUUUGAUCCAGAGAGAUUCUAUAACAACACCAAGUGGGACUUUAGUGGAAGCGACUUUGAAUAUUUCCCAUUUGGAUCCGGCAGAAGAAUUUGUGCCGGAAUUGCUAUGGCUGAGAGGAUGGUCUUAUACUCUCUUGCUACGUUUUUACAUUCUUUUGAUUGGAAAUUGCCUCGUGGAGAGAAGAUGGAUCUUUCCGAGAAAUUUGGGAUUGUGCUGAAAAAGAAGAUUCCUCUCGUUGCUAUUCCUACUCCAAGGUUGUCCGAUCCAACACUUUAUGAGUAG